AUGCAUGUCAAGUCUGAUUCUCAAGGCUCCUCGCUCGGAUUUGUCACUGCUGUCCGCUCGGCGACCGCAACCAUCGCGAGCGCAAGUAUUGCCACGAUCUCUCGCCGUGCAACCGUAUGGCGCCGUGGCCAGCAACGGAGUAGCGUUAUAUCGGACCGUGGCCAACGUCAGUCGGUGGACAGCACUCGCUCAUUCGUAGAUGAAGCGGCCAAGAAGAGAUCUUUGAAGAGGAGGCAAACAGUCGAGGAACUGAUCAGGACGGAAGAGGAAUAUUAUGCAGAUAUCAAAGCACUAUCCAACGCAUAUUUCACGUUUUUGGGCGAUCAUCAUGCCACCAGCACCUACGCGAGACGAUCCGUGCAGUCCACCAUGACAGACAUGCUGAGGCUGCACGACGACAUUCUUGGAGAUCUACAUCGCGUCGUACCCUUCUCGGAAUACGAUCAGGUGACAGCUAAAAUACAGAACAUGCCGAGAAGCCAUGCGCGAUGGCACAGUGUCGACAUCGUACCGACAAGAGCCACUCCAAGUCGUGCCGUGCUCUCGGCCAUCAGGCAAGGGCGGCGCUCGUUGAACAUCAGCCGAUCGGAAGACGAAGAUCAAGCGAUGCUGCGAUGCACACCGAAAACAGUGGCUGCAGUCACUGAAGUAUUUGCUGCAUACGUCGACCGUUUUACAUCGUACGAGCAGUACCAGUCGAAUUACGAUCUGGUCCAGCGGGACAUCGAUGGGACACAGCGCAAUAUCGCAAGCUGGCCUGAGUACGACAAGGGCAUCGAGAACCUGUCAGCGCAUAUCAAUCCGGUCCGAAGUCGGGAGGCCAACCGCAAGAAGGCGUCGACAGUGAAAGAUCUAUUGAUCAAGCGGUUACCAAGAUAUGCACUCCUUUUCGAGCAGCUCGCCAACUACACUCCUGUAUGCGACGAUCCAAUCGCGCAUGCUGCUCUGGAAGAUUUCAUCACGCAGCUCAACAGAGUCUGCCACCGUAUGAACGAAGCGAGGCGAAGCCCUGCACAGGUCAGGUCGGUCGAGGCUACAUGGCUGAUCGGAGAUCGCUUGACUUUCUCCAGUCAGAUUUCGAAGUCUGCGUUCUUGCAAAUGCUUGGGCAUGUGACCCUAUGCGGCUGUCUACACGUAGCGUAUCGCGGCAAGGAUCGGAUCAAAGGCUGCUAUGUCAUUACCAUCCUGUUCGAGUCGACACUGCUUUUAGCAAUCGCAGAUGACGAACAUCCAAAGUACGACACACUGCUCGGAAUCACUCUGGCAAAUGCUACCAUCGAAGAGACCGACAACCAGAAAGGCUUGCAAUGCCACACUGCUCCUCACUCUUGGAAGCUCGUUUUCGAGCACAACGCUCGUAUGUACGAGGUGAUCCUGACUGCAUGUACAGCACAGGAGGCCGAGACAUGGCGCUCGAAUAUCGCCAACAAUAUCGAGUCGCAUGCGGAAGCCGUGGCUCAACGGCAGGCGAACGUCUUCCCAAUCCAUUCACCAAUGGUCUCGGAUAUGCGAAGCAUAGGCAAGGCAUUCGGAAAGCCAGGCAGCUUUGUCCGACGGAUGUCUGUCCACCGUACAGCGACUGUGGGACCCACGACCGAUCUGAACCAGGUCAUCAUCAAGAAUACGCAGUCUGCAAAGGAGUUCCACGACAACGACUCUCAGACAUCCAUGCAGAUACCUCGAUCGCAGUCGGUACAGACCCCGAGCCACGUACAGACUCUAGCACCACGGCGUGCUGACAGGCACCGAUUGGAGGCCAUAUUGGCAGACGUCUGGACAAAGGAUCUGCUGCCAUGGCCUGGCAUGUCUCGCCGAUCAGAUCCAAUUCGUGCCGGCGCGAACCAUGUUAUUCGGAAGUUCAGUAUGGCCAGUAUCACUAGCAACUUCUCGUCGUCGAAGCGCACGCCAAGCUAUACAAGCAUAGCCUCCUCCCGCAAGGAAGAUGUUGCACCCGUGCCAGCGAGGAAUAUGCGGCGAGACAGUCGCUGCAGCUACACCUCUAAACAGCCGAUUGUGAACUUCCACAAUGCUCCGGACGCCUUCCUACCUGCUGAUUUCGAGCUUCAAGACCCAAAACGGAAGAAGAACGGACUGCGAACUUUCACCUUGACAAUGGAACGACCCUUCAGUCCGUUGAUGAGCACAGAGAACAAGCCGUCCAGUCUCCGCAGGGCGCACAGUGUGCGAGAUGGUAUCGAGGGCAUAGUGCCAACAAGCAAGCCAGUGGUACCGCCGCCCGAUCAAGGGGAGAUGUCGAAGAACGCGGGAAGCAUCAAAGAGCCAACGCCGUCGAUUUACAGUGUCGCCCAAGAGCGAUCACGAACGCCAGCCUCUCUACAAGUCAGGUCUGACUCCGCGGCCAAGGAUCAUGGUCCUUCGAAACCACCACGGAAGUCGAAGAGCAGGAUGCUGUUGCGGUUCUUUGGAGAGAAGUAA